AUGGCCAACCGCAAUGCUUCUCUCCGCCGCUGGCUCUUCGCCCUUCCACCUGUCGAAUUCCUUCUCCAACAACUCCGCGAAACCGUUAUUGGCGCUCUACGAUGCGGCCCUAUACCAGAACAUGUCGCCUUUGUCAUGGACGGCAACCGGCGAUGGGCGCGCAAGUCAAAGGUGGAGACCGCGGAAGGACACAACAUGGGCUUCGAAGCACUGGCAAGAAUCCUAGAAGUUUGCUACAAGAGCGGCGUGCGCGUAGUGACAGUCUACGCUUUCUCGAUUGAGAACUUCAAACGCAGCAGAUACGAGGUGGACGGGUUGAUGGAUAUGGCCAAGACGAAGCUGGUCCAACUUUCACAACACGGCGAGCUCUUAGAUCGCUACGGCGCCUGCGUCAAGAUCCUCGGGGACAAGAGCCUCAUGCGAGAAGACGUGCAAGAACAAAUGGAGCGCGCCGUCGAAAUGACCAAACACAACGACUCGGCCGUCCUCAACGUCUGCUUCCCCUACACGGGCCGCGAAGAAAUCUGCCACAGCGUGCAAGAAACCGUGCGCGAAUUCAGCAAACCCGAAGAAACCAGCCAAAGACCACCGCUUAAGAGGCCCUUUAGCGAAACGCACAUCCAGCGCAACAUCCUCAGCCGCCAGCUCCCCGCCGUCGCCGAAGAAGACCAAACCACACCCCCCUCCCUCCUCAAAGACAACAAUAAAGAUAAAGACCCCCACUCCUCCGACGCCGACACCGCCUCCCUCUCCGAGCAAGACCUCGAAACCUCCUCGAGCCUCCAACCGCCCUCCUCACAAACCUCGCACUCCACCUCCCCGAUCCUAAAACCCGCCCAAAAACGCCCCCAAUCCCUUCUCCCCGACCCGGAAAUCAUCACCGCCGAAACCAUCACGAAACACACCUACACCCCCGACGCCCCACCCCUGGACCUCCUCGUCCGCACAUCGGGCGUGCAGAGAUUAUCCGACUUCAUGCUCUGGCAAUGCCACGAGAAGACGGAGAUUCGCUUUCUGGAUUGUCUCUGGCCCGAGUUUGAUCUGUGGAAUUUCUUGCCCGUGUUGUUGGAGUGGCAGUGGAGGCAGAAGAAGAAUCUGGAGCAAGGGAGGGGAGGUGGUGGAAGUCUAAAGACGGCGUAG